CUAUAGGUGUAAGUACUGCGCUUCACUUUUAUUUUCCGUCAAUUGGAAGUUUGGAGCCCUCCUCCCUCGUCCGUCGAACUUCUUCGUACCUUCUGUUUUCCUUUUACUCUCUCCUCACUAUUCAUGCUGCUUCAACUAGAUCUGCAAUUAUCGUAUUUCUCCGCUCUGGUCUAUCAUCCAACGAACAAAACAAUCGCAAAAUUCUUCUCUGCGCUUCUUCUUCUCGAGGAGAUUUUACAAUCUCUCGCUUCUUCUUCGAUCAAAUAAUGGCCUGCAAACACUUUGAAUUCGAAUGGCGCAGAGUAUAAUUCAUUCGAAUUUCUCUUCCAUUUGCUUUUUCAUUAAACCCUAGGUUUCAAUUGGAUUGAAUUUUCGAGAGAAAUUCGACUUCAUUAUUAUUGUUCAUGACUGACAAAGCUUCUACCCUCAUCGGUUUCUGCUUCCGGCCGUCACAAAAUUCAACCACCAUUGCUUCAGAUAUGCUUCUUCCACUCUCUGUCCUCCCAAAACUUCAGAUCUGCUUCUUGGGGUCUCACCUCCGGCCUCCUUGGUUACUUCUUUGUGGUGAUUCUGCUGGAAAUUCAACUCAACCCACAGAGGCUCCUGAAUUGAAGCAAAUGGAGCAGCGCCAGAGACUCUGGAAAAUUUCCUCUGUUAGUGAACUUCUUUGUGGUGAUUCUGCUGGAAGAAAAGGAAAGCAGCCUUUCAGUAAUUUACAUCAAGCAUUGCGACGGUGGUGUCUUACCUUUGAGAUACCAAGAACUAAGAAGAGUAUAGAUGGUGCUCUAUUCUCCAGUUCUUUGUCUUCUCUUCAAAGUGAGGAGAAACCUUUGCCCUGCAUUAGGCAGGCCAUCACACCUGGAAAUGAUUCUUCAAGGCGCCUUCUGCCAGGUAUAGGUCUGCACUUGAAUGCGUUGGCAGCAGCUUCAAAGGACUGUAGCAACCCCACCAGGAAAUUAUUUCUCCAACUGCUUAGGAUCCUUUCAUGAACUCAUUAGAUUCAUCAUCUCUCAGAAAAGAUGAGGGUCCUGCUGAAAAUGUAGCUGAAAUUGCAGAAAAUUCUUCUCAGGCAUCAGUAUAUGCAGCUAUCGAGGAGUUAAAUCCAAAUAGUCCGAAGAAGAAAAGGCAAGUUUAGUAUUCUUAAUUUGUGAUUUCAUAAUGACUACUACACAGGCUUGCAUUUGAAGCUAGAGCUUUCUUAUUGAUGUCCUAAACCAAUCAAUAGGCGCAAAUUCGAAACUAUUAGAGAAGGAAAAUCGUGUAAGCAUUGCAACUGUAAAAAGUCUAAGUGCUUGAAACUGUAAGUUGCUCCUCAUUCUGGUUUCUAAGUAUUUCUUAGGAUUACAAUUGCAUUAUGAAUGUAGCCUAGAAAAUAUUAAAUUACUUUUAUGCAUUUAAAUUAACUAUGACACUACAACACUGCCUGAAUUUAAACUCUAUGAUAUAGUUGCUAUAAUACCAAUAACAUAUCAUCUUUUAGUUUUGUUCUUGUAAAAUUUUUUGUGCUAUAAUUCUGCUUAGGUCUGUACUUCCAGUUUUGCAGAUUGAAGAACUUGGUAAUGUGCACAUACUAUGACAGAGAAAUGUUUCCAAAAUUUUGAUAUCAUUGAGAAGGCUGGAUUUGUAAACAGGAGGAAAAAGGUGUUUUUAAGUAAUGGUUUGAAAAUGAUGAAGGGGAUGGUUUUGUUUAUCUCCCUUCUCAUCAAUGUAGGGUAGCUGCACGUAUUUAACAGUAGAUGACUUGUUUUGCUCUAAUUAAAUAAAUUGAUUACUUCUUAUUUUCUUCCUUCAACCUCCUAUUUUCUUAUUUCUCAGAUAGUUUUGAGGCGGUGGUUGAUGAGCUUGGCAUUCCAGUAAAAUUUGCGGGUGUUGGUGAGGGCGUGGAAGACCUUCAACCUUUUGAUGCCGAAGCCUUCAUUGAGGCCAUAUUCUCAUGAUUUGUAAUUGGUAAGAGCUGUUUUGACGACCCUAUUUCUGGUUAAAGUACACCCAUGUGUUUGAAUGCCUAUGAAGGUAAUUAAUUUGUAAUUAAUUUGUAUACGGUAAACGACACGUAUCAAAUUUUGGCGCCGUUGUCGGAGAUUUAUUUUUUUAGUUCCUAACAUGCUAAAGUUUAACUUGGUGUUAUUUGUUUUUUUUUUUGUAUAGCUGAUUUUUAGAUUUUAUUCAGUUUUGUUAUCUCUGAGUUAUGCACUAUACAGCUUCACUUCUUAAUGUAUUUACGAGACAGUGCUUAGUUAUAGUGUCUUCUAAAAAAAGAAAGGUUCUUUAGAGAGGUUAGAACAAGAAAGGUUCUAAAUGUAUUUACGAGACAGUGCUUAGUUAUAGUUGUACUUAGAGAAAGGCUUUCAUAUGUGAUUGUUGGGUUACAAUAAGUAUAUUGCUUGUUUUUGGCCAAUUUUUUUGCGAGCUAUGUUCUUCUUUAACUCAACUUAGCUACUGAAAUGUACUUUUCAAAGCUGAUUCUUAGAGGUUCUUUGUAUAGAUUAGUGUAUAAGGAUAAAGUAUAAGUAGGGGUGCCUAAUGUGCCCACUAAGUGAAUACUAUAAUAAUAGAAAAAAGCUUCUUCUAUACACUUACUGCUAGAUUGAAGGUCUACAUAUAUGUCAAAGGGAGGGAAACAGUUACAAUCUUGCGGUAAUAUGAGUUAUCUGCUAUUAUUACGAUGUUAACCAUUAAGUAGCUACCGUAACUGAUCAGAAUCAACAAAGACGAAUGUUAUAUAAAAUGGGUUGGUUGCAUUUCAAGGUAGUAUGUAUACUCAUGCUUGUCUUUAUCUCUUUUGCUACUCUUAUUUUUAAUUGCUUUUAGGAUGACUUUUUAGUAUAUUUCUUACCUUUAAUAAGCUCUGAUUUUUGUGGGUGUUGCACUUAUCGUUUAACAUUUAGUAAAACAAUCAUUUGCUCUCUUACUGUUAGUCAAAGGAUGUGAUAGCUUUAAUUGUUAUAGUUAAUGUGAUGAUGUAUAAUUAUAUUGUGGAAUAUAUAUCUCAACUCUAAUACUGUUAGGCAGGAGUCAUAUUCCCUAUUCAGACAACAAACUUACAUGAGCCACCUGCCCUGGCAGACAAUGCUAAUACAUGUAUAAUUUGCAAUUUUACACUUGACAGGUUAAAACAUCUCUGUAUAGAUACCUAUUUGUGCUUUAGUUCUUCCUUGGGUCCUAGCCGUUGUUGUUGUCACACUCACUUUUCUGUUGUCACACUCUGAUUAGCGCCUUAUUUUCCCCUCUUAAUCUGCUAUGUUAUGUCUCAUUAAAAUUUUCCCUUCUUAAUUUGCUAUGUUACCUCUCAUUAAUGGAUAAUAAGUUCAUAAACUUAAAAUUACAACUUCGGGUUACUUGUAGAAUUUAACACUAAACUCAUGAUGUGGCUUAAUUUAUUCUGAACUCUGAAUGAUACCUACAGUUUUUUAUGUUCUUAUUAGUUAUUUUAGAAUGGUUUCACAUGAUACCUGAUAUUUGUUCUUCUUGGUUAUUUAUAUCUAUUAUGAUUCUUUACGGGAAGGACACUUUUAGUAUAUUAAUUGAGCUGUGGUGCAAUUGAUAUUUUGCUUGUUGAUAUUAUAGUUGCAGGCAUUUAACUAAACAAUCCCUGUUGUGUUUGUGUUGAUAGUCUCAACUUAGAAAUGUCGUUGAGAAAGAGGAUUAUGAGGAUGCAGCAAAGCUCAAGGUAGCCAUAUGGGAAAUUGUGAGGAGUAUGAGGAUUAUGGUGUUUGUUUGUGUUUUUAGAUCUUUACUGUUGCUUUCUCUUUUGAUGGGAAAUUGUAGACUGUUUCUUUUCCUUUUCUGAUGUUCCCUGUCUAUUCUUCUAGUUAUUGUUCCUUUUUUUUUAUUUAUUUAAGGUGGAAUUCGUCAUAUGGGAAACGCGAAACAUAUGAUUGGUGAUUUUGUGUGUGCAUUAGAAUUUAGUUAACCUUUGCUUCCUUAAUA